AUGGUUGUCAUUAUCAACAAAUGGAACAAUGAAUUAACGUCAAGUUCUGCUUUAAGUUGGGAAGGUUUUCUUCUAGGAGAAGUAAUAAGUCAUAUUACUGAUACAAUCAGCGACUCGCAAAUAUGUAGCGAAAAAGAAGAAACCAGUUUAAAUAUUUACACAAUUGUGCCUUGUGAAAAACCAUUUUCUUUUUAUGACAGCAGUGGAGCAAUUAAGCAACAAGCACUUGAUUAUAUUUUACAAGGAAGGCAUAAGGAGGUGCUGGGAUGGUAUAAAUUCAGAAGGAAUACAAGUCUGGAAGUAUCUUUAAGAGAACAGAAUGUACACACAAAUUUGUCACAUAUCUUAGUCUCAACAUAUGAAAAAUUAUUUAUUUUUUGUCUUUUUCCCCAUUAUUUGUCCUCUAAUGAAUCAACUCAUUCCUUUGAUAAUGUCUUCCUUCGGAACACUGGAAUGUGUUUUGAAUCAGUUCCAUUGAAAGUAAUAAAUUUAGGUGGAACAAGUCAUUCAGAGUAUCGUCUAUAUCCACCAGCAGCUAUUAACAUUCACUCAGGUCACUACAGCCAAGUUAUACAUUCUUCAAGGUUAGCUUCAAAUGUAUGUGAUGUUAGUGUCAGACAAAUUCAACAAGUACAUUCUGCACUUCAGUCAAAAUUAGAGGCUUUACAAGAACAAGUUGGAGAUGGAGAAGCCAUUGUUGCUGCCAUGGCAUUUGAAGUUUCUGAAUUGCAAGCAAGAUUAGCAUCUUUACAAGCAGCUAAAGAUAGUGUAAAAGAAGAAAAUAAAGAAACGGAAUGUAAAUCUCCAACGAAUCAGCAGUUAGAAGAAACAACUGAGAAUUGUAACUUAGUAAAAGAGACCAAAGAUGAUAAAGAAUCACAAACGCCUGACAUGGAACUUCCCCUACAGGAAGUCAUAAUGUCCAAAGAUGCAGACAUACAUAAGAUGUCUGAAUUGCAGGACAACAAAUUAGAGAACAUGCCGGUGACAUGACCUUCCACAAGACAAACCACACCAGUGCCAUUAAGAAUUUUUCUGCCAGUAUGUUAUUUUUAAUAGACCUUGCAUUACCCUAUCCUUUACAGUCUCACAAAUUUCCACAAGAAAUAUUUUUUAUUUUAUGCCUAUCAAUCAGUCACUUUCUGCAAAAAAAGAGAAGAAUGUUUGUUACAUCUAAAAAUAUUCAACAAUUGUAUAAAUCAGUGUUUAUUCCUUGUAAAUAUUUGAUAGAAAAUUAAUUUCAACUAUGUAAAUUUAACAAAUAGUGUUUCUAAGAUAUUUCAUGCCAUUUGUGUAAAUAGCAGUAUUUACAACUGCACAAUAAAGGAAAUACUUGCUCAUUGUUAAUGUACUACUUAAGUCACAUUUGUCGGAGAAGGGGAGAAAGAAAAUGUGGGUUUGUUUUGAACCCCAAAUUAUGAUAAAGAUUUAACACAGGAUAAUCACAUGGAUCCUUCUGGCAGAACAGAUUGCAAAUAUAAAUAUGCUGCAGUCAUUCUGCCAAAAAUUAUCGGUGACAUUCGUAGUUAUUCGAAGGUUAUCGAACAAAUUCAAUAGAAUGGUAAUUUUUAAUGUCUAAAAUUUUUCUCUAGUCAUUUUUAAGAUUUUUUAAUCAAAAAAAUAUAUAUGAUUAGAUUGUAAAAUAUGGUCGCAGAUAAUAGUUUUGUAAAAAUGUGGUGGAAAUAUGGCAGAUUUUAUUCUAUGGGCCAAUUCCAAAUUUUAAAUUGAAAUUCUCCUGUUCCAAAUGUAUAUUGUAUCCUCUCAAAUUAUGAAUUAAAGCGAGAUUUAGAAAAGC